GAGAACAGGCAUAAGCAGAGUUAGUAGGCCAGGACAAAGAAGUUAAAGAGCGCCCAAUAUAUACAUGUUUUUGAAGGCGGGAAGAGGGAAAAAAGUUCCCCCAGUGAGGGUCUAUGGGUCUGAUUGUGUAGUUCUGAUGGAUCCCCCUUUGAGCAAGAGGAACUCGCCAGCGCUGAGAUUAGCGGAUUUGGCAACAGCUCAGGCCAGGCCGCUUCAGAAUAUGACAGGCUUCCCGGCGCUGGCCAGCCCGUCCGCCCACUCCCAACUCCGCGCCCCGGCCGCGCACCUCCGCCCUCGGGACCUGGGCGCUGACCCCGGCGUGGUCAUCACUCCGCUCGGACCCGAGCACAUGGCCCAGGCGAGCGCACUGGGCCUCAGCCCUCCCUCCCAGGCGCUCCCGGCACAGCCCGAGGCCCUGGCGGCCGCCGUCCGCGCUGCAGCCUCGGUCGCGCACUCUGGCGCCUGCACCUACCCCGGCGGCGGGGGCUGCAGCAGCGCGCAGCCCUCCGCGCCCCCGCCCCCAGCCCCUCCUCUUCCUCCCUCCCCUUCACCCCCUCCCCCUCCCCCUCCUCCUCCUGCCCUCUCGGGCUACACCACCACCAACAGUGGCGGCGGCGGCAGCAGCGGCAAAGGCCACAGCAGGGACUUCGUCCUCCGGAGGGACCUUUCCGCCACGGCCCCUGCGGCGGCCAUGCACGGGGCCCCGCUCGGAGGGGAGCAGCAGUCCGGCACCGGCUCCCCCCAGCACUCGGCCCCGCCUCCCCACUCGGCCGGCAUGUUCAUCUCGGCCAGCGGCACCUACGCGGGCCCGGACGGCAGCGGCGGCGGGGGCCCGGCGCUCUUCCCCGCGCUGCACGAUACGCCAGGAGCCCCCGGCGGCCACCCGCACCCUCUCAACGGCCAGAUGCGCCUGGGGCUGGCGGCGGCGGCGGCAGCUGCGGCGGCAGAGCUGUACGGCCGUGCCGAGCCGCCCUUCGCGCCGCGCUCCGGGGAUGCGCACUACGGGGCUGUGGCAGCCGCCGCAGCAGCUGCCCUGCACGGCUACGGAGGCGUGAACUUAAACCUGAACCUGGCGGCGGCAGCGGCCGCCGCGGCGGCGGCCGGACCGGGGCCCCACCUGCAACACCACGCGCCGCCCCCGGCGCCGCCGCCGCCGCAGGCGCCCGCGCAGCACCCGCACCAGCACCACCCCCACCUCCCAGGGGCAGCCGGGGCCUUCCUGCGCUACAUGCGGCAGCCAAUCAAGCAGGAGCUUAUCUGCAAGUGGAUCGACCCCGAAGAGCUGGCCGGGCCGCCGCCACUGUCCCCGGCCGGCGGCUCCAAGCCCUGCUCCAAAACUUUCGGCACCAUGCACGAGCUGGUGAACCACGUCACGGUGGAGCACGUGGGUGGCCCCGAGCAAAGCAGCCACGUCUGCUUCUGGGAGGACUGUCCGCGCGAGGGCAAGCCCUUCAAGGCCAAAUACAAGCUCAUCAACCACAUCCGCGUGCACACCGGCGAGAAGCCCUUUCCCUGCCCCUUCCCGGGCUGCGGCAAGGUCUUCGCGCGCUCCGAGAACCUCAAGAUCCACAAGCGCACUCAUACAGGGGAAAAGCCUUUCAAAUGUGAAUUUGAUGGCUGUGACAGGAAGUUUGCCAACAGCAGUGAUCGAAAGAAACAUUCACAUGUCCACACCAGCGACAAGCCCUACUACUGCAAGAUUCGAGGCUGUGACAAAUCCUACACUCACCCGAGCUCUCUGAGGAAGCACAUGAAGAUUCACUGCAAGUCCCCACCACCUUCUCCAGGAGCCUUUGGUUACUCAUCAGUGGGGACUCCUGUGGGUGCCCCCUUGUCCCCUGUGCUGGACCCAACCAGGAGUCGCUCUAGCACUCUCUCCCCUCAGGUGACCAACCUCAAUGAGUGGUACGUUUGCCAGGCCAGUGGGGCCCCCAGCCACCUCCACACACCUUCCAGCAACGGAACCACUUCGGAGUCUGAAGAUGAGGAGAUGUACGGGAACUCUGAAGUUGUGCGGACGAUACAUUAGAAUUUAUUAGUCAUAAUAAUAAGUAAAAUCAGAAGUGGGAGUCCUUGGACCAUAUCCUAACCUGAGACAAUGCCGAGCCUGAGACAAACCCGUGACUCAGACUUGCCACCAGGUCUAAUUAGCCCUAUUUAUUCAGUAUGAAACCCUAUGGUGUUUGUACAUUUAAUUAAUUUAAUUAAGAUAUUUGGGCUUUUUUUUUUUUUCUUAGAAAACAAACAAAAAAACAACAAAGCUGGACUUGUAUGUUGCAGGGGGACAGGGCUGGGAGUAUGUUGUACCAAGGAAAAUGAGUGGGGAGAUUAGCUAACUGAGAUACACACUGCCGAUGCAAUAUAUAUAUUUUUUAGAAGGGGAGAGAAAGAGCGUUAAGUCAGAACUCAACACAGCAACAAGGCCCUCUGCAUUUCCUGGAGUGCCUCGAGAAUGCCUUUGACACCAUAACAUGGGCUUCUUUGGAGCCUCUUCGCCUCCUCCUUGGGCCCUAAUUCUGCAAAGGCCUCUUGAUUGUAAACCACACACUUGCUGCAUUGCCAACAGAUCUUGGACUGUACCUGUGUCCAAAAAUAUUUGUAAAAGCCCUUUAAGUUCUAAUACUUGUAAUUUUUAAUUUCCACUCUUUUAUUACUGAUCUCACCUUAACACAGUAUUUUUAUACAGGAUUAUUUCUUCAUUACCCUGCUUGUAUGAUGAAAAAGAAAUGAUGCAGCAACCUUAAUGCAUCUCCAUAUAUUGUGCUACUGUGAUUAUUGAAGCAAAAGUGGAGAGAAGAAAAGGCUGCUGCAAUAGACAACUGUGAAACUGUGAUAUUUUAUAAAAUAGAAGAAAGUGUUUUCUUCUUCCUCUAUGGUAUUUUUUUUUUUUAAUCUGAAAUUUCAGAUGCUGCCUCUUUACUCUGUCCAUGUUUUAGAUCUUAAGUUUUUUUGGGAUGCCAAAAUUAACAGGCAAGUCUAAGGAGGUGUGAUGUUGGCAACAUGCCUAUUUUUUUUUGGAAAGCUGUUGUUUUUAAAACAGGCUAACCCCUCUUUUAUACUGUUGUAUCAACCUUUUAAAAAGUCUUUAUUUUUCAAUGCUGAAACUGCAUUUUAAUGCAUUUUCUUCCACCUGAGCACUGAGCACACUGAACUCUAUCCCAUUUGAAAAUGACAGUGUGUGAAGUGUAUGAUUUACAUUAAAAGAGGGGAGGGAGUUGCUAUACAUAUUAAAAUU